CCUUCGACUUGGCCUUGUUUGCGCUCGCCACUGCCAGUACGACCGGUACCUAAGCGUGCCCAGGUAUGCACACUACACGCGGUAUACUACUGAGAGUGCACGGUUUUGAGGCGUGCGUUUGCCGUUGACUUGCCGUGCUGGCGGCAGCACACAGCUUUGCAUUGGACGGCCCACGCGCCCCGCCCGCUAGCGUCGCUUUCAUCGCGAAGGGACCGGUAGCAAGCCGACAUAGCCCCUGGCGUUCUGGUAUAGCAGCAUCUAUUCUUAUCACCACUAUCAUUCAACGUAAUUACAUUUUGCGACAGGUCUAUGACGAGACAGGACCUGAGACAGGACCGCGGCCUGUGACUUUCUGCCUGCCUGCUGUUUUCCUCGCCCUUUUGAUAGGUUAGGCCAAUACAUCAUACUAACACAUUAACGUUCAUGGAGUAGAGACUCAAGGGCUACCCACGUCACGCCCGCUUAGACGACGUUGCGCCCGCGCUCUCUUUGAGACAAGCGGCGCGGUCAUGUUUAUUGGCUUAUGUAGAGGGCGUAAAAACUUAGACGCGGUUGCGCCCACGCCGAGUACCAGUUCCAAAGGGUCACCUUCGCAAGCCUCGACCCCAGCGAAGUCAGCUUCCCUUUCCGAAACAGCGCCGCUUACUGUGGGGCCAAGUUCAACGUCACCUAUGGCGGCCGCAGCGGAGGCGGAGCACUUGUUUGACCUCCGUGCCCAUGGCAGCGUCCCCGGCGGAAGAUGUAUGUAUAUCCAGUCUGGUGACACCAGCGACUUCGAUGGCUACCUUAUCGCGGCGGCCGGGCACGUAAUCCAGCGGCAAACACCGGAUUUUGAAUACGUAGUAGCGGUGCCGGAACGGCGAGCAUGGCGGGACAAGGACGAGCCGGACACCAACAAGCACGACCCUACCUACAGCGAGGAGGUGCUGGCCACGUCGGGGGCGCUGCUACGGCAUCUGUGCCCGGACGCUAUGCUUGUCAAGGGCGCACUCAACCAGCGCAACAUCAUCCCCUGGAAGAUGAUGUUCAACGAGCCGGAGAACUAUGGGCCGCUCAUACGCGACCUACCAGCCAUCGACCCUCGGUGGAGUUCCCUGGAGCAGCUGGCGCAGCGCAUCCUCAGCCCCGAGCUGCACUCGCUGGUGUUGGACAUGAACGGCUCCAUGGGCUACCUGGACGCACUGGUCAACCUGAUCGGGCCGGAGGGCGAGAAGGUGCUGGGCGCCAAGAUGAAGGCGUCGGGACUGCCGCUGGUCAUUAUGGCGGGCGUGCAGGCUGAGGUGGUGGCACAGACGUUGCCGCUGCCAGGGCGGGACCCCCGCGCCACCAAAAACGCCAUCUACUACCCCGCCGCCGUGCGCGUGCUGCUGCGGCUGGCUCGGUCCCACGGCAUCCCGCUGCUGUUCGUGACCAACAACGUGUGCAACAAGCUGCUCAAGUUCCAGGAUGCGCCCGAGGUGGCCGUCAAGCUGGGGCUGCAGGGGCUGCUGCGCAAGGUCGGCGACACCUGGUUCAGCCUGCCCUACCUCAAGGGCAAGUGCGUGCCGUUCGACUGGGUGGCGUUCGCGGCCAUGCUGCUGUACGGCCGCAAGCCCGCCUCCAUGGCACUGGCGCACCAGGAGCUGUGGGUGGGCAAGGACGAUCCCUCAGUGCUGGUGCUGCGGGACACAGCGAUGCCGGCGGAUGACGUGGUAGCGAACAACGUGGCCAACACGGAGCGCUGGGGCGUGGUGGAGAGCGUGGUGGAGAUCAACAUCGAGAUGAUGCUGCAGCUCGCCAAGCACGCCUGCUCGCACACAGCCGUCUAGGCGGGACUAAUGCGGUCGUGGGCAGUGGUGCUGCCUGACCGUUGGCAUGGGGGAAUUGCGGUGACGUGCAUGUACUGAAAUGAGGCACAACACGCAAUGAACGGAUGAUAUGCAGCUUUACAUAUUAAUGCGACUAAGGGUCCAGUUACGGCGACAGUUACCGCCUGACUGAGCACUGGCCACCCUACGCGCCGGAUGUCUGGUGAGGGUUAUGUGGUGAGGGUUAUGUCAUAAUGUUUAAGCGCGACCUUCCUAAGUACGCGGUUUACCGUAUAUUGAUGAGUGCUGGGCCCGCGUCUGGACUUGCGCUUGCAAAUUCUAUGUGCGGGUAUCGUACUGCACAACUUGACGCAAGUUGGCCAGCGCGCGUGACUCUUCGAUGAUUACUUUGGCCUUACCCAGCCAGCAUGUAAGCGUCACCUUUC